AUGAACGAUUUAGCACAACAUCUUAAUAAAAUUAAUGAUUGUAUAAAUAAUUGUAAUGGUUUUGCCCUUGCCACAGAAUUUUCAACAACAGAGAUAAUUACAUCAAGACUUUAUAAAACCUAUAAUACUUUAUCGGCUGCAAAAAAACAACAAAUACAAAUAAAACUUAAUAGAUUACAAAAAAUAGAUUCAAUAGUUAAAAGACAACACGACAUUGAUGUAUUUGUUUCAAAUAAACUUCCACAACACUAUAAUGAAGCUGCUUCAAAUCGUUUAAGAUGUAUUUCUGCAAUUUUCGAAUCACAAUAUUCCGAAGCAUUUAAACAUUUAACAGAGGCAAUAAACUCAUUUGUCAAAGUUUUUGAGUUAUGGUCAUCAAAUGUUUUAUGGAAAUUAUCAUUAGAUCUUCGUUUAUUAGCAGAAUUAGCAACUGAAAUGAAUGAUGAUAAUAAUUUAAAUAAUAGUAACAAAAUUGAUUAUUAUGAAGAGGCAUCAAGAACUCUUCUAAGUAAAUGUUUUCAAGCUACAAAUGCAGAUAGAACUGCAAAUAUGGCCGAAUCUAAAAAGAAUGCAGCAUUGGGUGUAGUAAAUCAACUUUUUCAUAUUUAUUUUAAAAUUAAUAAUCUUAAACUAUGUAAAAAUUUAAUCAACGCUGUUGAAUCACCAGGCUUCCCAUCAUUAGACACUUACCCACUUUCACAACUAAUUACAUAUCGUUUCUUUAAUGGCCGUCUUUCUGUUUUUAAUGGAGCCUAUAAAAAAGCACAACAAGAUUUAUUAUUUGCAUUUAGCAAAUGUCCUCAAACAUCAUUUAAAAACAAAAGAUUAAUAUUACUAUUUUUAGUGCCUAUGCAAUUGGAGCAAUGUAAAUUCCCAAAGAAAUCAUUAUUAGAAAAAUAUAAAUUAAAUCAAUUUAUUGAUAUUGUACAAGCUAUAAAGACUGGUAACAUCAAACAAUUUAAUGACUGUUUAUCAACCCAUCAAAACUUUUUCAUUUCAAAGGGUAUAUAUUUAAUUUUAGAGAAAUUGAAAAUCAUUUGUUACAGAAAUCUCUUUAAAAAAGUAUAUUUAAUCCAUUCAGGCCAAAGAAUUCCAAUCAAUAACUUUUUAUCAGCAUUAAAAUGGAUGGAAAAUGAUUCAAUUGAUAUCGAUGAAACCGAAUGUAUUCUUUCAAAUUUAAUUUAUAAUGGUUACCUCAAGGGUUAUAUCUCACACAAAGUAGCUUUAGUAGUUUCCCCAACCAAUCCUUUCCCAAAAUUACCAUUAUAA